AUGAGUGUGAAGAACGGACGGGUGGCGGUCGUCGGACUGGGAGCGUCAGGCCUAGUCGCACUGAAGAAUCUGCGGGAAGCCGGGUUCGAUGCCGUCGGUUUCGACAGCAACGCCUACAUCGGGGGCUUGUGGAUGUACACCCCGGAUCCCACCAAGACGUCCGUCCUGAAAUCCACCGUGGCAAACCUGUCGAAGCACCUGGGCUGCUAUACGGACUUUCCUUACCCGGAUAACGUGCCAGACUUUCCUCUUGCGCACCAGGCUGAGGAGUACCUUGAAGCCUACGCUGACCACUUCGAUUUGAGGCGGCAUGCGCGACUGCAGACGAGGAUUGAGCGUGUUGGGCGGCGCGAUGGGCAAUGGGUACUCAAGGCGACUGACGCAGGGAGUAAGACGACGAGCGAGUUGACGUUUGACCGAGUCAUCAUUGCAGCUGGCCUACAGGUGCAGAGUCCCAAACUCCCCGACAUCAAGGGCAUCGAGACAUUCACCGGCCACGCCAUCCACUCCAACGCCUACAAGAAUCCGGAAGACUACAAGGGGAAGAACGUCGUGGUGGUGGGCCUGGGGAACACUGGCCCCGACAUCGCGGUCGACCUCAUCGGCUACGCAAAGAACGUUUGGCUCUCCCACCGGCGCGGCAACGCCAUUUUCAGUCGACGAAAUGCUUCGGGCAAGCCGGGAGACUUCGUCCUCUCCCUGCGUGGCGUGAAGCUCGGGGGAAUCUUCAACAAGCACUUCCCCUCGCUGUCUCAAUGGGCCGUCGUUCUGGGGAUGAACCACAUGACGAAGAAAAAGUUCAACAUCCCGGCGGAAUGGGGCCUUCGAGAAGCCCAUCCGCCCACAAGGAAAGUCCCUACGCUGAGCGAUACUCUGGUCUCUGCGGUGCAUCAGAGCCAAGUGCACCUUAAGCGUGGUCUGACCGCGGUGAAUGGCAGCACUCUUACCUUUGCCGACGGCUCUCAACUAUCCGACAUCGACAACAUCGUCUUCGCAACCGGCUUCCGCUCCGACUUCUCUUACCUCGACCCCGCUGCAGAUCCCACGCGAGACACGCGCAAAGACUGGUCAGGCCUGCCUGGUGCAAACUCGCGCCCGCUGCCCCGACUCUACCAGGGCAUCUUCUCUCUCGAUUUCCCGGACUCGCUUGCUUUUAUUGGCACCAGUCCGCUGACGCCGCAAGCAAACAUGAACUACGACAUCUCCUCCGCCGCCGUCGCGCAAAUCUGGGCGAGCAAGUCAACCCUGCCAAGCAGAGCAGAAAUGGAGCAACACGUCGACGCGCAGCACGAAAGUGUCUGCCGCAUAGCCGCUACGGGCGAAUUGGCCAACACCAACCUGCGGAACAAUUGGGACUGGUACAAGUGGUGCGAUGAGGCCGCAGGCUUGGGGGUGGUCAAGCGGACGAGCUGGAGCGUUGAGGGAUGGAAAUUUUGGCUCGCGGAUCGGCAGCUGAGCAAUUUGGUGAAUGGGGGCAUCUUUACUCCGCACAUCUUUCGACUGUUCGACGAGGGGAAGCGAACGCCAUGGGAGGAUGCACGCAAGGCGGUGGAGAAGACGAAUGCGGAUGCGAAGGUGGAGCGCACGCCGUGA